AAUUUCUUUGUGUCUUUCUAUUGCAAGUGAUGGAGUUUCCUGAGGAUUUCAACCAGCUCGAACUUCUGAAUACACAUGGACACCUGAUCCCCCGAGGGGCCAGCAGCCUGUGGACCGGAAGCAAGGAAGAGGAGAAUGAGAUGGAAGAUGAGGAGGGGGACCAUAGUGAGGAGUGGUAUCUAGAAAAAGAAGAAACUCUCAAAGACAAACCAAAGGAGUUCAUACUGUGGGCAGCAGAAAACAAUCGCCUUCCAACAAUCCAGAGGUUGUUAAUUUCCGAUCCCUUGCUGGUGCACUGCUGUGAUGAGGAUCGUUACACUCCACUGCACCGCGCAGCAUACAGCGGCCAUGUUGAUGUUGUUUCUGCUUUACUCGCCGCGGGGUCCAAGGUCAACCCUCGCACCAUCGACGGCUGGACGCCCCUUCACAGCGCCUGCCGCUGGAGCCGCGACACUGUGGCGAGUCUUCUCCUGCAACACGGGGCCGAGCUGAACGCCCAGACCAACGGUGGGCUCACACCACUUCACCUUGCUGCUUCCCACGCCAGCUCCUUAAAAACGGACUCCGCUCACACGUUGGAGCUCCUCCUCUCUCAGCGACACCUGAAGCCGGGGCUCCGCAGCAGCAGCGGGGAGACGGCCAGUGAGGUGGCCCGACGUAGUGGCCCACAUCACUUCCUGUUUGAGAUGGUAGAGGACUGUGUCAGUGUGGUACCCAUCUCAUGAAUGAAAACGCAGAUGUGGACACAUAUUCUCGCAUUUAUGGUUUUUACCCUCUUCUCGUUCUUGCAAGCAGAAUGGGAAGCGGGUACGUGAACGUUUAUUUCACAGAGAAAUGAACCUGAGUUCAUUACUUGAACUUGUGUAUGUAUACACUGGUCAUUAAAUGAGCAGAAUGUUAACAUGCUUUAGCCUCUAUUGAUGUUCCUGGUGUCGAAGCAAUGUCUGUUUUCUACUGAACCACCAUAAUAAAUCAAUGCAAAUGGUAA